AUGUCACAUAACAUUAAAAUUGUCGAUGAUAACAACUCUACUACUCCUGCAAAAGCCCGAUGGAAAUUACUUUCCUCUGUAAUUUCUUCUCUUAAUGCAGAUUCUUUAGUGACUCUCAACAAAUUCUCUAAGAGAAAUCAUCAGGGAUUUGACCUGUUUCCGAAAACAAAACUUGAUCAAUCUCCUUUAUCGUUAGAUGAUGUAAACAAAAAAGUCAUUAAUGUUACUUUGGAGAAAACCUUGACAAAUUCCGAAAUUUACACUGAUAAAGAUAAGCAUACUCAAAAGGACCAUUAUGAAUGGUAUUCUUAUGAUUUAGGUGGCGGCAUGUGCGCAUUAGCAGGUUUAUUCGUUGCUACAAAGUGUCAACCAUCAAGCGUUACCUUAACAGAUGAUAAUCCGGACGGAAGUUUAUUUCUUCUCUGUGCACCACAACGUGGUGGUAGCUUACAAGAAUUUAUCUCUUUAUUAGAAGCUCAAGGUGAUUUUCACGUUAAAUUGUUAGAAAGAUAUGAUGACUGUGUGUGGGAAGUUCAUCAACAAAGUAUAACUGAAAAUUCAGUGCAUUAUGUUCCUGAUAUUCAUUAUCCUUUAAUUGUUCAAGCAUAUUGGCGAGUAUAA